AAAUCUUUGGACUGGAUUUUUUUUUCCCCAUUUACGUUUUAAGUAUUUGCAUUGAAUGAACUGACCAGGAUGGACAAGAAAUCAUUUGAAACCGUGCUGGAUGAAAUUAGAAAGGCUGUACUGACUGAGUAUAAAUUAAAAGCUAUUGAAUAUGUUCAUGGAUACUUUUCUAGUGAACAGGUUGUUGAGUUACUGAGAUACUUUUCUUGGGCUGAACCACAGCUUAAGGCAAUAAAAGCUUUACAACAUAAAAUAGUGGCAGUUCCGGCAUCAAAAAUGGUUAAUAUUCUCAACUGCUUCACAUUCAGUAAAGAUAAACUUAUUGCCCUUGAAAUCUUAGCUUCCAACAUUGUUGAUGCUCAGAAUUACCGCCUUAUUGAAGAUCUGUUCAGAAUUAAUAUGUCAGAGAAGAAAAGAUGCAGAAGAAUUCUUGAACAGGCUUCAAAAAUGGGUUGUAAGGCUCCUCAUGCUAUGAUAUCAUCCUGUGGCAUGAUUCCAGGCAACCCUUAUCCCAAGGGCAAACCAAGCCGCAUAAAUGGAAUUUUCCCAGGAACCCCUAUCAAAAAGGACACGGAAGAGUAUAGUAACGAAGGAAAAGGAAUAGCAGCCCGAAUACUUGGACCAUCCAAACCAGCUCCAUCAACCUACAAUCCUCACAAACCGGUUCCAUACCCCAUCCCGCCAUGUCGGCCACACGCAACUAUUGCACCAAGUGCUUACAACAAUGCUGGAUUAGUUCCAAUGGCUAAUGUCAUAGCUUCAGGCCUACCAGCUCCUCAGCCAUACACUGCUAAUCAGGUGGUAUCAGAAAAUGAGGACCUUUCUAGCCAGGCAAAACCUUCCCAAAAUCAAGCUUUUUCUGCACAAGCGAAUCAGCUCUUUACUCCUCAUGGUUCUAACCCUUCAACACCUGCUGCUACUCCAGUCCCUACCCCAUCACCUGUCAAGGCAAUAAGCCAUCCGUUAGCACCUGCAACUCCACUCAUCUCUGGGAUGAACAUGCCUACCCCUGUCCUUCCUGUUUUCCCAGGACAGGUCUCCUCUUCCAUCCAUACAUCUCAGCCAUCCACCCCAACCCCUACUGUCAUCAAAUCCCUUUCAUUGCCUAGUGUUGCUGUCACAUCUGUUCACAAUGCAACCUCUACCCCUAUUCCUGCAGUUUUUUCUGGGCUGGCUUCUAUACCCACUGCUACACCAGCUCCACAAGGUUCUUCCACACCGUGCACUACACCUGCACCUAGUGAAGCUUUCUCAUCUGCUACUGCACCAUUUGCUGGCCUCCCGUUUUCUGCAACCUCUUCAAUUGCUUCCACUAAUAAUCCUGCUUCAUUGUCAUCAGUUUUUGCUGGCCUCCCUUUGUCCUUGCCACCCAGUGCCCAAGGGAUUUCUAGUCCUGUUCCAUCCACAAUUGCUAAUUCUCCUGCCACUACCAUUCCUGGUUCACUUAGCUUGCCUAACCCAAUUUUGUCUGUCUUAAAGGGAUUUCUGACAUCAAAUGACACUUCAUUAAUUAAUUCAUCUGCUUUACCUUCUGCUAUGACAAGGGAACUUGCUUCUUUAUCUGCUCUUGCUAAUCAAAGCUCUGACCCUCCCACUUCCUCUGUCAAAUGUUACACCCCAUCAGCCACCCCCACUUCACAGCGUUCUUCCACACCUGGGCUGGCUGUUUUUCCAGGUCUUUCAUCCCCAUCUGUAACCAAUUCCAGUUCCACUCCUCCAGCAUUGUCUGCACAGUCACCUUUAACCACUUCACCAUCGAUUAUGCCAGUCAGCUGUGGCUCAUCAGCCUCCCUCCUGCAUGGCGCAAGCCCUGCUAAUCCUGAUCAGCAGCUCUCAGCAGUCCCAGCUGCUACAAGUAUCCCAGUUAUGGUCAAAACGGAGCCCAUGAGUCCUACCCUCUCGGCCUUCAAAGGUCCUUCUCAUUCAGCCAGCCCUUCUCAUGGCACUAUAGGACUGUCAGCGCUUGGGCGUGCAUACACCUCAGCAGCUUCAGUGCCAGUCAGUUUACCCAGUUCCCUGAAUCCAGCGCUAUCAGGUCUCUCUUCUUUAAGUGCUCCUCUAAACAAUUCCAGUUCUCUGUCUUCCAUUUCCCUUGCCUCACAUGGCUCCUCUGCUCCCAUUGCCCCUGUGUUCAAUGGACUUCCUCCUUUUACAUCUCUAACCAGUAACUUUGCAUUUACUGGUAAUCCAGCACUUACGCCACCCGUCACUCUCCCAGGGUCUUUGUUAGCUACUCCGUCUACAGCUGCUUCAGCUGUGUCUGCCCCUCAUGUGAGUUCCACUGCUGCCGUACUCUCAGAACUCGCCGCCUCAGCAACAGUCUCUGCUCCACCCUUCUCGCUUAACUUGUCCAGUGCAGUCCCUUCCCUUUUUUCUGUUGCCCAGGGACCUCUGGGAUCAUCAAACCCAUCCUUUCCUGGUUUUCCUGUCUCUAACACACCCUCUGUCACUCCUGCUCUCCCUUCUUUCCCUGGCCUCCAGGCAUCUUCUGCAGUAGCAGCAGUUGCACCAUUGCCGGCAGCUGCCACAGCCCCAUCUCCGGCUCCAGUCCUGCCAGGGUUUGCCUCGGCCUUUAGCUCAAACUUCAACUCUGCACUUGUUGCACAGGCUGGCUUGACUUCCGGACUGCAGACACCAGGAAAUGCAGUUUUUCCUGGUCUUUUAUCUCUCCCUGGUAUCCCUGGCUUUCCCCAAAGUGCCGCACAAUCUUCCUUACAGGAAUUGCAGCAUAGUGCGGCUGCACAGUCAGCACUACUACAGGCACAUUCUGCUUCUGCUCUGGAGAACUAUCCAGCUCAGCCUGAAGGGUUUGCUAACUAUCCAUCAGCACCAGGAACACCAUUUUCAUUGCAGACAAGUCUGCCCCAGAGUGGAUGGCAAUAAGAUAACCAGACAUUUUAAAGACUGCAGUGGUUGCUUGACAGAGCCUGAUCCUGUUCACACUGAAAGUUGUCUCAGCUUUAGUGGGAGCAUGGUCUGAAUUGGGGAAAGAGGGAGGGAAAACACAAGGGUAAAAUGAUUCCAGGAGGCUAUGUCAGAUGUCAAACUUAAUUUUUUUAUUGCAUUCAAUUGAUUCAGGGUCUGAUCCUCUGAAUUGAUGAGUAUCCUUGACUCUUCUUGUAGCUUAUGAGUUGAAUGUUUGGUGUCAUACAGGAUCAGAAACAUUCAAACAGAUACUUAUGUAAAUAGAACAAGUGGCUGUCAAGCUGAAUGGGAGAACAGGUAUACUUAAUAGUGUGCACAAGCACCUAUCCUGUUAUAUUUUGUAUGGUAUAUGUGGUUAAUAUAGAAUGAGAUCUAGAGUGAAACUAGAUUCUUAAAGACAUAGAUGAUCUUUCAUCUCGAUGCACACUUCUUGUGUGUGCAUAGAUCAAGGUCAGUUUAUGGUUCCUUGCAUUUUUUAAUUCGUAUGUGUGAGGAUCUCCUGUUAGCAUUGUCAGUAUGUUAACGAGAGGCUACAUCAGGGGGGUGUGGAGAUUUUCUUAUGCUUCGAAAUACUGUCAUAGGCUUGCUGCUGAAUUGAGUACUCCUUUGUCUGAAUCUGAGUAAGAGAGCUAGGAAAUGAUGCUGUACUGUAUUUGGGUAGAAGCGUAUUCUGUUUUACUGGAGUAUUGUUUAGCUAGCUGAGAAUGUGUUUUUCCAAAGUAUAUGAAAACAUUAUUUGCCUCUAAAAUAAAUGUUCCAUAGCAUUCUCUUUGCUCCCACACCUCUCUAUGAACGAAAUAAUUGUACUGCGGAUAGGUCACCUAUCCAGCACUUUUGACUGCAGACUUUUGUGAAUGUUUACAGACAUGGUUCAAGUUCUUUUCUCUCUUAUACUCAUAAACAAGCUGGUUCGCUAUGCUUUUUGACUAAAACCUACAACUUGAUGGUGCUUAAUUUAUCCUGUGAAUGUAAGUGAGAGCAGAAUUUGGACCAUGGAUUUUUUUAGUAUUUUUCCUUGGAAAACGUAUGUGAUUUUAAAGGCAUAUAGCUAAAUUAACUGUAUUGGUUAGGCAGGGUUAUGAUGCAGCAUAUAGAAAGGUCUUGCUUUGUUAGUGAAAUUCAAUUGUGCACUCUUUUAAUGUUAGCACCUAUGAUAGCGUGUAACACAUCAUUGAAUAUCAUCUAUUUAAGAUAAACUGUUGUUCAUGUUCUAGAGCCAAUAGAAAUGAAUGAUAUUCAAUCCUGUGGUUAAAUUAAAAUGUAGAGGAUACUAUACUGUAGAAAAGGUCUGCACCUGGAGUUCUACUUUUUUAAAGAUUAAUUCUGCUGGGAGUUGUUACAAAUGUAUUUUCUUUCCAGAUGUGAACAAACUUUUUUAGAACAUUAAUGGAAAUUCCUGUAUUGGUUUUUAACACAUUUUUUU